UGUUUCAAAAUACUUUUUUUUUAAAAAAAAUUCAGCUUGAUCUGUUUAUAAUAAACAAAGUGUCUGAAGAAUUAUAGUAAGUCUUGAACGACCAGUCAAAAGUUCAUCUGUGUUAAAAUAAGAUGUUUCUUACUAUAUGUACUAGAGAAAACAUUUCAAUAUUUCCCGCAACAAUAGGGAUGUGAAGCAAUGAUGUCCAAAGGAGAUGUGUUGUCCAACUGCCAAACCUACUUGCCUUCCAAGAACGCUCCUCACGUGUAUUACGGCGUCCUCGUCGAAUGUGGACAGCCAAGGACAUGCAAUCUCCAAAAAACCCGAUUAGCGGUCGAGGAUUGGCCUCAAGCAUACUUUAGUCCUGGUUAUGCUCCAAUACAAUAUUUCUUGGGUACAAUAUGGAAGGGAGAGGUGGUGUGUCCAGCAACCCGCUGUUAUCUCUCCUACCUGCCUGGAGAUAGCUUUGAGGACCCAUUCCAGUCUGAGUCACUUCCGCAAGGUGUGGGCUGUCGUAACACAUCUAUAA